GAACAUGGAGGACUCAAGCAUGUGUUGCCAAAACAAGCUGGCUUCUAGUUUGAUUUUAAAAUAGAAAAUACCUCCAGGCAGAUAGUUGAACAUGGCCUUUUUUUUUACUUGAUGUAAUCAGCAUUACAGAGAUUACAAAGCUUUUGUGUUGAACUGGAUUUUUCAGUUCCAGUAAGUAUAUCUUAGACCAAGAAGCCAAGACUUUGAGAUUAAGUAUAUUUUUAACGAAAGCACAGAUUUUAAAGCACAUAGCAGAAGAAUGCCAGUAACCAACAACACUGUGAGCUCAGCCAUCAAGAGCCAAUCAGAAUACAUAACCCCAUCUUUGCAGGAUCUUCAGCAUCUGCUCUGGACACGAAGAGGAGCAAGUGGCCAUGUCGACCAAGUGUGGCCCAGAAUCUACCUGGGAGAUAAAUGGACAGCUAAAGACAAGAGGUCACUUCAAUCACUUAAAAUUACUCACAUCCUAAAUGCUGCUGAUGGGAAAUACAAUGUCUGCACUGGAGCAAGGUACUACAGUGACAUGAACAUACUCUACCAUGGGGUUGAGGCUUUUGACACAACAGCUUUUGAUAUCAGCCCUUUCUUCUACUCUGCAGCUAAAUUCAUCAGGAAAGCUUUAGAUACGCCUGGCGAUGGCAAAGUGUUAGUCCACUGUGCAAUGGGCCUCAGUCGCUCGGCAACUCUGGUGCUGGCCUUCCUGAUGAUUUACGAAAACAAGACCCUGGUGGAUGCCGUCAAGGCUGUCAGUGAACACAGGAAUAUCUCUCCUAAUAUGGGCUUUCUUGGCCAGCUUCGAGAAUUAGACAUGAGAUUAAAUGAUGAAAGAAAAUUAAGGAGAGAUUGCAAUGUUUAGGUCUCUUAAUGUAUCUUAAUGUGGUCUCCUAUCUACACCCUACUGUACGUAGGAAACCACAAACUGGACUCAUCCAUCAACAACCACCAUACUAGCCAUCUGACAGAAAGAGACUUGGAAGAUUUGGUGCCUCACUCAUAAACCAUUAUUGUGUCAUAAGUGGAUUGCGGCCCUAUGCAUUUACUGGCAUGUGUUUAUUCUCUGGUUUUAUUGUCCCAAUGCUAAUGAAAAUAUAUUAAAGCACAGCUAUCCAAAA